GGGAUACCGAGGCGACCACAUUGUCAGUUUGCCGCCCAUUGUUCUGGUUACCUGGCUAACCUUAUUGUUCUUUUGUCCCGGUAUAUAUAGGUUCUCUCUUAGAAAAUGCUUCCGUUUCAAUCCCCGGCGGGCACUAGACCUAGACGACUUAACGUCACUACCACAUUCUUUCCUCCUCACGAUUUCGAGUUCCACUGAGUGGCUUUACUUCUGACGAAUAUGCACAAUCCUUUUCUAAUCAUCAGAUUUGUAUUUUUCUCGAUGCUGAUUUAUUUCAGCCUACUCAUUCUCGUUUUUGCGGCCUGGAACGUACAUGCUACAAAUGCGCUGGAUGCAACGGUGUCUGGGUCCGCCGCAUUGAUGCUGUUUAAUAGCUGCGCUACACUCAUCCUCAUUGCUCUCGCUAUGGCGGAGAUAGCCUUUCCACACAUGAAAUUUGCGCACGUCAAAGCCGAGCUCCUUUGGACGACAGUGAUGAGCAUGUUCGACAUCAGCGCAUCCAUUAGUCUCAUUGCCAAUGGACCUGUGAUGACAUGUCAACUUACGGCCGACUGGUCAGUUUGCGCAUCUUCGACACUUCUCGUUCCGACGACAUGGCUGAAAAGCUUUCUUGUUCUUGCGUAUGUCUUCAGCCUCUUCGUGUCCGCGGUGACCCACUCGCAUGAACACUCGAGCAUCUGGAACAAGUCCGUUUACACUGUCCCUUGGUUCCGUUCCAGUAUUCCUGAGGCAUCGUCCGACGGAGGCUCCUCCCAUACGGUCGCUGCCAAACUGGGAUAUGGCAACGACUCUUGGAGCCAGUAUCUCGGUGACAUUGCUUCCACAGGAGAUCGCAAACGCAAGGUGGGCGAAAAGACGCACUGGGCCGAUAAGACCCAGAUUCGUCGGGGAGUGGACGAUCCGUUUGUAAAGCGCAGUGAUGGUUCCACCUCCGCGAACUCGUCGCAGAGAUCCAGCGUGGAGAUCAGUUCGCCUACCUUUCAAUCUCCCAGAACACCUCCGCUCCCCCCUAGAGCCGAGUCUAAACCACAAUCUAUCGGCUCCCGAUUUAUUGAACGAUUCCGCGAAUCUCGUGUUCUGGCUCGACCGGGUCAGUCGCAUUUCAGUAUGGAGUCUACCAUGACAUCUGGGGGUGCAUUUCCCCGCGACAUUGACGAUCAUGACAAGCCCAUACCACUUCCUCGGCUUUCGGAGUGGAUGAGAGCGGACGCUAAGAAAGGCAUCACCGUUCAUACAGUCCCCAUGUCUCCUUGACGGAGCUCCUGGUAUAUCUUGAUGACUUUAGACCACGAACAGUUACUGUCGGACUCUUGCCAUUUCACACAGACA